AUGAUGCUGAUAAGCACAGCUUACCAUAAGCUGGAGAACGCCGUGCUAGAGCACCUCAAGCCGCUCGGGGUGUCGCGCGUGCGCCACGCCGGAUACUACCUCUGCUUCCGUGCGACGUCGCACCUAUGGCAGCACCUGCCGACGGUGACACUGCACUUCGCGGAGGAGAACGCACGGCUCGUUCUCACACCACAACGGCUGUUCAUUGCGGUGGGGCAUGACAUCUGCCUCGCCGUGCACUCGAGCCUGGACAUCACCAUCAUCGGCGCAAUGCAGCAAGUGGACACGCGCUUCGUCUACGACGUCAUCGCAGGAAGGAUCUACUUCGCCCCUGAGAAUGCGUGCCAUGCGGAUCUCGGCGGACACAUUUAA